ACUUGAAGGAGUUGCAGCAGCUCCUAGGCUUCGUCAAUUACUACAACAGGUUCGUGCCACAGUAUGCGAAAAUCGCAGCACCACUCACGAGUCUGCUGAAGAAGAACACGCCCUACAAAUGGAAGCCGAAGCACCAGGAAGCCGUGGAGCAGCUGAAGCAAGCACUCACGUCCGCACCAGUACUCAUCUUGCCAGAUCCCGAACGCGACUACGUCAUCGAAGCUGACGCCAGCGACCAGGCAGUGGGAGCAGUCUUAAUGCAAGACCAGGGGAAUGGACUGCAACCAAUCGCCUACCUCAGCAAGAAACUGCACGGGGCAGAACUAAACUACCCAAUACACGACAAAGAGGCCUUUGCCAUCGUCAUCACCUUCAAAGCGUGGAGAUGUUAUCUCAAAGGACGAAGAACAACCGUCUACACCGACCACUGCAGCCUGAAAUAUUUGAAGACACAACCCAACCUUUCCAGGCGGCAGGUUCGGUGGAUCGACUUCCUCGAGACACACUUCCACUACGACAUCGUGUACAAGCCCGGCCACAAAAACAAAGCAGAUGCUCUCAGCCGACCUGCACACCUUUGAGGGGGGGAAGUGUGAGAGUAUGACCCCGUUACACCACUUGUCCCUUUUCUUAUUUCCUUCCUCUUUUCAUUUCUCUU